AUGAGGGACGAGCGUGCCAGCCCGCCGCGCGUCCGCAUCGCUGUCAUCGGAAGCUCCAGAGUUGGCAAAUCAGCUCUAAUCGUCAGAUAUCUAACAAGGAGGUACAUUGGCGAAUACCAUUCAAACACAGAUCUCCUGUACAGACAAACGGUGCCAAUUAAUGGAACACCAAUAGAGUUGGAAGUGAUUGACGUAUCCGGUUCUAAUGCUGAUAAAUUUCCAGCAGAACAGAUUCAAUGGGCUGAUGCGUGCCUUCUUGUGUACUCUGUAACGGAUCGAAGCAGUUUUGACUAUGCUACCGAAGUUUUAAAUACAUUGAAACGGACACCUACCAACGGCAGCCCUGCACACGGUCCCGGUGCCUCACCCUCCACUAUGCCUCUCGCAUUGCUGGGAAACAAGACGGAUUUGGAUCACUUAAGACAGGUUCCCACAAAAGAAGGACAGGCAGUCAGCGCGGCUCACGGCGCUUCGUUCAGUGAGGCAAGUGUGGCGGACAAUUCUGGCGACCUCUACCGGUGCGUCGACCGCUUGCUCGCCGAAGUGCGCACGCCUCAGCGCACGCGAAAGUUCUCCGUCACGAAGAUGCUUGGCUCGCUAAUAGGUGGUGCGACGAAUAACAGCCCGACGACCCGCAGUGGUUCAGUGGUGGCGUGCCCGCGAGUGCCCGCGCCGUCGCGGCCGCCGCUGGCCGCCGCCGCGCCCUGA